CUAUCUCUCUCAAACUUUCUUUUAAGAGAACGUCACGCAAAUGAACAUGGCAUCUGUAUCGCAGUGGGAAGUUGUUGGAAAGUCUAAACCUAAAAAGGCCAACCCCGGAUCACAGAAUCUGUCGAAAACACAGAAAAAACAUCUGAUUGACAAAAUGCCGCGAAUCGAAGCUUUUGGUAAUUUGCUCAUUGUGUAUCUUCAUAUCUGUUGCAUGUUGCACAAAACUGACUUAUGGUCUCGUUGCAUACGUCAUCAAAAAAAAAAAAAUUAAAUUGCCGGUUUCAAUCAGUUUGCUUUUAGACGUUAACAUAUAUAUAUAUAUAUAUAUAUAUCGGAUUGUAGAACAUUAGAGUAAUUAUUCUUUAAUAUAUUUUUGUUUAAUUUAAUAGAAGUGAAAAUAAAAAAUGUUUCCAACUUAAUCAUUGUUGAAAGUGUGUUACAGUAUGUUUUUGUAUGCAUCUAAAUUUCUUUAACUUCAGCACCAGUUAAAGAGGACAAAACAAUUUAUUCUGCUUUCUUGGAAAAAGAGCAGCAGCAAAAUGAAAAAAAUUCAGCAAAUAAACUGCAAACUAAUGGACCUAGUUCUAACAACACCAAGAAGCCCAUUGUGCCAAAAAAGAAAAAGUCAGAGCUAGAUCACAAAAAACAUGACAAGUCGAUUCCGCUUGAUAUUGCUUUCUCCCAGGUACUAAAUUCUCAAAAUUUUUGCAAUCCAUAAUAUCCUGUUUUUUUAAACUAUACUUUCAUACAUUUAUAAAAACCUUCCUUCAUAUUUUUGUUAAUGCCAUUAGAGACUUUAAAAAAAUUUUAAUUCUGUUUCUAUGAGCUGUUUUAAUUCUGUUUUAUAGCACAAUUGAUAAAAGUAAAUCUUUUUUAAAAGCAGAAAUUUAUUCAUUGAAUAAGAAACAGUAAUUUAUAUUGUUAAUAAGGAAUGCCCACUAAAAUUCAUACAUGGAAAAAAAACUCUUUAAAGGUUGACCACCGUGAACUAGAAAAUAUCCUAAGCAUGUCUAAAGCAAGGUUUCCAGAAAAUCAAGACAUCUGGCUAAAGGAUUUGGCAUCUUGGCUUAAUGUGAAGCUAGAAAAAGUUAAAGAUGCUGAUAAUUCCUUCACCUUCAAGGGAAAAACUCCUGGUAAAUAUUCCUAGAAUUUUAACUUAAAAAUACCGGUUCCAUUAUUUUUUUAAAACAAAAAUUCUUUGUUGGUUGUGAUAACAUUUAUUUUAUUUGAUGCUUUCUCAUUCUAGGCUAUCCGUUUGAAGCACUUCCUCAAAGUUCGCAGAAGGUUUUAAACUCUGUUGUCAAAAAGUUCUCCAACCAGUCACUGGAUAACCUCUUCGACUAUUGUAUUCAGAUGAUGCUUGAUCAGUCAAAAGGUAAAAAUUCAUCAAUGUUGAUUUUCAUUUUUGUUUAAAUUAUAAAGCAAAAUAAUCUAAAGUAUGUUAAGUCGUAGUUGUUUUUUAAACAAAACAUAUAAUUGAAUUGAGGGUACUUUCAUGUUUCAGAUUUGUCUACAAUGGGAUUUCGGAUUUUUCUACAACUCCUGGCUCAUCACAAACCAGAAAUUGUUUUGGGAAAGAUGCACCAGGUAUGUAAUGCAAUUAUAAUAUCUUAUUUAGAACUUAUUUAUUUUUUUUUUUUUUUUUUUUUUUCAUUGAAAAAAUAAAAGCAUUAUUGCUGAUUUUUUACACAUUUUUUUAAGCUUAAAAUAAAAUAAAUCCUGGCUCAUCACAAACCAGAAAUUGUUUUGGGAAAGAUGCACCAGGUAUGUAAUGCAAUUAUAAUAUCUUAUUUAGAACUUAUUUAUUUUUUUUUUUUUUUUGCUGUUUCAUUGAAAAAAUAAAAGCAUUAUUGCUGACUUUUUACACAUUUUUUCAAGCUUAAAAUAAAAUAAAUAUGUUUCAUGUAUUAAAUCUAUUUAGUUCUAUAUCAAAAUACUUCAUCACAAAGUUGUUUUUAAGUGGAAGCAAGUAAUUAAAAAAAAUUAUAAUUUAAUGUUCACCUUAUGUCCAUGUUAAAAUUUAAAAUAAUAUUCUGUGAAUUCAAAAUGUAAUGUUAUAUAAAAAAUAUCAGUGGAAUAAAGGUAAAGAUUGUGUGAUAAAAGUACUCUGUUGAUGGAGUGGAUUUUAAACAAUAUGAUGCCUCUGAAUGACACACAAUAAAAAUUAGUUUGAAAUAUAUAUCAAACAAAAAUAAAAGUUUGUGAUGCACUCUUUUGGUCUGUUGCUGUUCAGAACCACCUAACUCUUUAACUUUAUUAUAAAAUAUUAGUUUUUUUAUCAUGUAACCUAUUUUUUUAAAUUGUAGUAUUUAGAACUGCUCAAGACUCAUCAGAACAGACCUUCUCAUUGUUUAUCCAUCUUGUGGGCUGUCGGACAGUGUGGGAUCAAAAACUUGAAAAGUGGACUCAAAGGUACUGAUAAAAUUUUCAGAAAUUCUUUUUAAGAAUUAAGUCAAAUCAGACAUAACCCCGGAGACAUCUUCUCAGCAAAUUUGUUGCACUGUGAAGCUAAAGGCCCAAGAAAAGCACCCUACAUUUAUCCAAUGUAACAGAGAUUAAACAAUUUCCUACAUCUGUGAGGAGGGAUCAGGUGGAAUGAUAGCAACCUUUCCUAUUCCAUGGAACUAGAGGGAUCUUAGCAGAUCUAGAACCACACAGUUCAUCACUGGAAAUUUGCCAGAGUAACAUAAUAGGGAUAAAUCACAAAUUCUUGCUAAUCAUGAAUCUUAAUAUUUAGCAUAUGUCAAUUAAAUACUGUCUAUUUGAUGUUCCAUUUUUCUCAUAGUAUCUUGUGUGAAUUUGGUUUUGAUCUAUUGACAUAAAUAUCACUAAUGAAUGAAGGCACAGUCAGGCCACAGUCUGUUUACUUGCUUAUGCCAAAUAGGAUUGAUUGAUUAUUUUAUUAUGAUUUUUGAGUCCUGAAUAUUUUUUUUUAUUAUGAAUCCUGUGUCCUGUUUAAAAAAUUCUUCAUUUUAUUACCUUCCAUUAUUUUGGUAUUUCUUUGUGGACAGUAUGGUUAGAUCUGAUGCUUCCAGCUCUGGAAAUUCGUCAAGUGGCUCAUUAUCCUGUUGAAUAUUUGGAACAGCUUCUGGGGUAGAUUUCUUUUUUUUUUUAAAUUUAAUAUGCUAAACCUUGAUCACGUUCUCAUCAAAAAUGAUUAUGGACCUAAAAACAUAAUGUAGGCAGUAAUUUUUUAAGUGUAGAAAGAACAAGUAUAAAUUUAUCAAGAAAACUAAAAUUGCUUUAUUUUAAUUUUUAAAUUUUAUCUAGGCUUCUUUGAUAAUGUGUGAUCUAUCCUGGCAAAUUGAUUUGCUAAAUAUUUACAUUCAGUGGAAUUAAAUUAAAAUAUUGUUUGAUAUCUUAUUACAUUAACACAUUUAGUAGACAUUAAACUCAUUUCUGAAUGUGUAUGAAAUAAUUGUGGUAAAUUUCUAUUACAGAUCCCAUAAGAAUGUCUCCAAUGCAUAUGGCACUGUUUCUACUCGGGAAUAUUUUCAAAUAUUAGACAUUGUGUUCAGUCCCAGUUUCAAUCUCUCUGGUGAUCUUCGCAAGAGGCUGAUUGCACUUUAUCCUCAUAUUAAGGUUUGUAUCUUUGACUAUUUAAUAUAUUACCUCAUGUCUUACUAUUUGCAUGUGUCCAAUUAGAUGGGAAAAUAAUAUUUACAGUUUGUCAUAGAAAACAAUACAUUCCAAAGAAUGUAUUUGAAGCAUUUAAUAUUGAGAAAUUAUUUAUUUCAAUCUUAAUUUUCUAAUAGGAAUUGGCUUUUGGCGAAACACCAUCACAAAGUUUGAGAUUGUUUUUUCCUUCAUACCUGGCAAGAUUCAACUCUUCAUUGAACCCAGCCCUCAAAUCUGAGGUAAAGACAAUAAAUCUUUGUUUGAUCUGAUGACUAUUUGAGCUACCGGUACUCAUCAGUAACAUUUAUAGAUUUUCAAGCUAAGAUAAUUUGUAAAUGUUAGUAAUGCAAAUAUUAUAAUUGAAAAAAUAUUAAAAAAUUUAUACACCAAUGAUCUAAAUUUAUCCCCACAGGGGCAAAUAAAUUUGUAAGUUAUUUAUUAUGGUUAAUUAGUUCGUCUUGCUUAAUUUUCAAAAGUUUCAAUAAAUAUUACACAUGCUUCAUAUUUCUUAGCUCUUGGAUAGUAUGGUGAAAUGUCUAACAACUGAUAAGCAGUCAUUCAGUGUCUGGUGCCAGCUCUACACCAAACAUCUGACUUCUUCAGGGUGAGUAGAGCUAUUGUAUUACUUUAUCAAAAUGCAUUUUCAGGUAGUGGAUGAAAAUAUGAAACUGACAUUCCAUUGUGAUUGUACAAAAAUUAAGACACUUCCCUAAAACUUUGCUAUUUUAUAUCUUCAAGAUUGCCAUAAGAUUUAACUCUGUAUCAAAAUUUUUAUGAAAAUUUUUGAGUAUUAAAAAAACAACUUUUUAAGUCUUAUUUUCUUUUAAAAGUAAAAAUAUAUGUUUUGUAAACAACUGUUAAAAAACAUAUAUUUUUUUUUUAAAAAGGCCUUUACAAUAAUUUGAUUCAAAGUACUCCAGAAUAAGAUAUUAGUACAAUCAUUUUACAAAUAUUUUACAGACAUCUUCUUGAGCACAUCAAUCAUGAAUGGUUUCAACUGGCUCCUUUGUUUGACAAGAAGUUAUUGAGAGAAACUGUGAGGUCUUUUUCUGUGACAAAUGAUGAAUUGGAAACCCAAGGAUGUAUUAACAAGGAUGGUUUGGGACUGUGUCAAGCUGCUACUAAGGUUUAUUAUUAUUUUCAUUAAUUAGAGAGUUUAAACAAAACCAGUGGUUCUGUAUCAUCGGCCAGCUUUCCUGCCCUGCUCUUGCUUGAAGUAAUAAAUUAAUAUCAUCAAAUAGCAAAAACUCAGCUAUUUCCCUUCAAUGUAUUAACAGAAUAUGAAAUUUGGCUUGCCAUCUUUCGAUUGUAAGUUUGGACUGUGUAUCAUCACGUUUUUGUUUGUUGGGCAUUAAUAAUCUUUUUUUUUUUUAUUGCUGUCACCUUUAUGUCAUCUGGGCACUGAGGAAUGUCUUUUUACAUCACAUCUAUAGGAGCUGACUGGAAAAAUGACAAAAAGUAGUUUCCCUUGGGGUCUGUUUAUCUUCUUCCUAGUUUCAGUGGUUGCUUCCAUUGUGGUUUUUGAUAUCUGGUCAAGUCCCAAUCUUCACUGUAAGUAAUUGCCUUAAUUAUCUGUUACAAGAUUCACCAAGCUUCAUGCUGGUAUAUUAAAACUUAGUUAAUUUAAUGAUUUCCUUAUGUUAUAAACCUGAUUAUCGUACUGAAUUUCAAAAUUUAAAUGAUGCGAGGCUAAGAAACCUUGCUUUAUUCAUUCCUAUGUUGUUUUUUUGCAUGGAAUGAUUUCUUUACCUGUAGCCUCAAGAACCGUGCGCUUCCUUGAACAUUAUGGGAUUCUGACCAUUCUUGAACAAGCUUGGGGACGUGUUCAUACAUUUAUAACUAUUGCUGCUGAGUAAGUCGAAUUUUAACAAAUGUAUUCAAGUAAAAUUUUAUUAUUAUUUUUUAAUUUGCCAUCCAUAUAAUUUUUAGUAUUUUACUUGCAUAUGCCUCUCUUUUGUCAAGCAUUUCAUUAAUUAAAAAUUUCAAAAUAAAUUUUAAGACUCAAGACCAAGAAAAAAUAUAUUUAAUUGUUCUUAACUCAUUUGUAAAUAGCUUUUAAAACUUAAAUUUAAAUUAUAGCAUAUAUAUUUUUAGAAAGAUUUAUACCAGAUAAUGUAUUUGUAAAUAUUUUAAACCAUCCAACAUUCUCUAGUAAUUUUAUGUCAAAGUCUUAUGUAAAGUCUUGCUGCAUUUGCUAUCACUAAUCCAUCAUAAAAUCUGUAUAUCUAUUCAUUUUGUAAAAGACUGCAGAAAAGGUUUUUAAAAAUUAAAAUACAUGUUUGUAAUGAUACAGUUGGCUUAAGAUAAACUGCCCAGUGUACUAUGCUUAUGUGCGUGACACUGUCGGUCCAUUCUUGGCCUACAUCUGGAUUGCAAUUAAAGACUUUCUUGUGGCAACUGAGGUGACAACAAGACCUCAUAGGGCUUGGGUUGCUGACAAGUCUUUCAGUUUUUACCACUGGGUAUGUACUGAACAACUUAUCCAUUUCUAUUUGGUACAUGUAGAUUUAAAUAGUAAGCUUUCAAGUUAAUGUCCCAUUGUUGAAAAUGGUAAGCUGAAAUAGAUUUUUGUACUGUGCUAUAAAGUUAUUCCAUUGGGCAGUGAUUCCUAACCUUUAUGACCCUCAGAGCCCUUUUUAGAAUCUAUUUCAAUUACGGUGCCUCUUAUACCUAUCCUAUGUCUUAAAAGUUAAUGGUAUUUAGUAGUGUUUACUGGGGUAAGGAACGGCCGGCAGCCCCGAGAAGUGCACGCUGACUGAGCCCUUAGGACUCUGUUUGGCAUAGGUUGGGAACCACUGCCAUUGGGAAUACUAAGGUAACAUCUUUUAUAUAUGGUAAAAGACCCACAUUUUUAACAUCUACCUUAUUACACAAAUUUCCCAGGUUUAUGAGUUAUCCCCAGAAACUUGGACAUGGUGUUAUGAUGUCUCCAUAUUGACAUGGGAUGCAAUAAAAGAUUAUACCUUAUGGAUCUGGAAACAUUCAGUGCAUCUGGCACAAGCAUCUUGGCAUUGGAUUACAGAACAUCUUUUAGUGUAAGUAUUGCUCGAUUUUACUGUACUGGAAUAGGAAUUUGGUAAAUUAAUUUUUUCCACAUUGAAAAGAUUUUUUAUUUCUUAUUUAGCUCAUGGCUAUUCUUUCAGAUGGUCAGUAACAUUUCUUGACCAGUCAGAUAAGAAUUCCUUUCUUUUAAAUUGUAAAUAGGGACCUUUUCACUAGGCUAAACUAGUUUUAAAAUAAAACCGAAUAAAACUCAGCUUUUUUUUUUUUUUUAAAUCAUACUUAUUGUAACUUAAACAAAUUAUACCUUCCACAGUGGUACUCUUUCAAAGGAUUCCCUUAAAGCAACAGCUAAUUGGAGCAUUUCACAGGUGCAAACAUCUUUUGAAGUUUUUUGGGCGUGGUGCAAUGCAAAUGUUUUCACUUUCGUAAAAUGAUUGAAAACUAGACAUUAAUAAACCACAUUUCCUGUAAAUGUUGAAAUUGUUGUCAUUAAAAAUUUCAUGUAAUGUAACUUAUAUCUUUUAAAUUAUGAAAAUUUUACAGUAAGGACAGGGCUAUUGCUCAGACUUGGGUAUAAGACACUGUUGCUGAAGUGCAAGAACUUCUUUAUUUUAAAAAGAAAUAGCACCAAGUCCAUUUGCACACUUACUGUGUAAUGAUACUCAUAUAUUGAUUAAAAAAAAAUGUUGUUUUUUUGGGGGGUCAUUUUAUGCCUCAUAUUCUUGGACCUCACUUAAAAUUAAAACAAUAUACUUGUAUACUAUUAAGUUGUCAAGCUGUUGAUUCUGCAAAGAUUUUUAAUUCAGCCAUAUCAACAAGACCAAAUUUUGACAAGAGCUAUUCACUUAUAUUAGUUAACAGUGCAUUAAGUUAAAAAAUAAUGCUCCUCUGUGUUUUUAUUUGUUUUCGUCAGCAUUUUUCAGAUCAGUUAUUUCUUUGCUAUAAAAGAAUCCAUAUUAUUGGUAUUUUGAUUAUGUUUUAUUAACUGUUUGUACUAUCAAAAUUAAUUAUAUCACUAAUAAUAUAAAACAUUUGAGAAACACUGCAUUGGUGCAUUUAUCAUGGAUUGAAAACCAUGUAGUAAAUGAUUAAAGUUAGGCGAGAUAUUAAAAUACUUGAUACUAUUGUUUUUUUUUUAAAUUCUAAUAGUAUCCACUGCUUUUUGUCAUGUAUUCAAUAUCUUUAUGAUUAAAUAUAAUUUUUAAUAUUUAGAAAUGCUGGUCAAGGUCAACAUAUGUACAAAUUUUUAAUUUCUAUCAGUAGAAUAAUCAUAUUUAUAAUUAAAAAAAAGGAAAAAGAAAUGGGUUUUAAGGUAAGGUAACAUGCGUAGAGACUAAAAAUACCAUAGUUUAUUUAAAAUGGGCAUUUCAGUUCCCAUUGAUAAUUUAAAAAUUAUAUGUUAAAAAAUUCAGGUAUCAACACAGACUCAUAAGUAAGACAUUUUAAUAUUUACUCUUAAGUUUGUGAAAAAUCCAUCUAAAUAUGGUAAUUUCAAUAGUCUCUUUGAAUUUAUAUUCAAAAGGCAAGCCCCUUUGCUCACAACCUAUUUCCAGCUAUUAGAAGUUACAUACCCGAUUUCAUAAAGUUUUUUAUAGUGCUUAUGAAAUGAAGGAAAGAAUUUUCCCUGCUUUCUCUGUCCUCUGUAAACAAAUUCUUUUUAACAAAAGAUAACCCAAGCUUAUUGUUAUUGUUACUAAAUUUAAUCAUACAUAUUAACUGGGGGUGGUUAGCAAUCAGUAGUGUACAACUCUUUGAGGUAAUUUGAAUAACCAAAGCAAUUUAUUCCAUUCCCAAUUUUGAUGUUCAUUGUUAUAUAAUGCUAAUAUUCCUAGUCACUCUUUUAAGGUAAACAGUUUUGUUUAAACCACACCUAGCACCACACUUUAAGCCAGGGGCGGCCGACGCAGGUUACACGGGCCACGUUGAUAGCAAGUUUGCAGGCUGCAUAGCAAGUAAAUUGUUUGCAGGCUGCAUUUCAUUACAUCUUAUAAAAUAAAUUGUAAAAAAUAACACCCACUAAAUACUGUGUAAAAUUAUUUAUUCUUAUGCACAUAAUGAAAUGGUCAACAACAAAACAGAAUAAAAGUUACAACUCAAUAGUUAAUGUGAUGUCAUUGCAUCUUUACUCUGAUCUUUUUAAAAUUGAUUUUUGUCAAUUGAAUGAUAAAUGAAUAAGUUGAUUUGUGAUAAUAAAUAAGGCUGCAAUAUUUGACGUGGCGGGCCACGGGUUGGCCACCCCUGCGUUAAACAGCGGUGAGCCUAUCAUUUCUUCUAAAAAAAAUAAAAUCACCUGUAAUGUUCAAUUUGUGAUAAAUAUGCUUAUUUAGUUUUUUAUCAAUCGGGCUGGGUUUAUUCUUUAUGUACAAAUAUUUAAUCCUUUCUGAACUAGGUAAAUGAAAUUAAAAGCUGCAAUGGCUCCUCUUUUUUGUGAUAAUAUUAAUCAGUCUUUUUAAAAAAAUGCUUUUUGGGGUAAGGGUCAUCACCUUCAUUACUAGAGCAUUAAGACUCCAAAGCUAAACUAUAAAUUAUGAAGAACUUUUUUCAAGCUUAUUAAAGAUUUGUAACUAGAUCUGUUCCUCUAUUAAACUUUACAAUUGUGUCAUUUAUACCCUCCUCAGUCAUGAUCUUAUUGUAUUAUUGUGAUGGUAGAAAUGUUUCCAUAGGACCAACAUAUUUUGACAGCAUACACACAAAUGUCAUGUUCCUCUCUAUAAUAAAACAUUGAAUUCAAAACAUGUUUGUAUUUUG